AUGGCCAACCCUUCCGGAAGCACAGGCACACAAACCAACUGGCCAUCAUCUAACACUCCGAUGACCGCAGAAGAGUUCGAAGAACGAAAAAUGAGUUCAAAGUUUGCCCGUCGAGAAAAGCUUCUGGAGCAGGAAAGAGAAAAAAUGGAAUUAUGCCAAGCGUUAUUGAUAUCCAUUUGGAAAAAGGAGAAUUAUGAGGUAUGGGAGAUGUUCUACCAAGUGGGAUUUUUCGGAUUACAAAACCUCCUCACUACAGAAUUUGCCUACGCAUGCGAAGAAGUAAUAACGAGAAUUUUUCCUUGUGAUCCAGAUCUCAUUCUUGUGCCCCGCGACUGGCAGCCCCAAGACUGUUCAUUUUCGUUACCCAGGGGUUGGAUGUACAGCUACAUAAUCUUUGCAACGGAAUUCGAACUCCAUCGGGACUCUAAGCCUACGAGCUCAGAUACAUCUACUGAAGGUAUCCCGAUAAAUUUCCAGAAAAGACACUAUGCCAGGGUGCCUAAGCAUGUCCGACCGGAAAAGUACAGACGCUUUCUUAGAACGACGUCAAUAUUUUCGGGCUGGAGAGUAACGGAAAGAUCAUCCAUCUCGCCAGCGGAAAAAGUCGAUGAAUUGUUCCGAAUGAAGCUAUACGAAGGAUCAAUUGAAUGGGCGCAAAGAGAGAAUGCACCACUAUGCGUGUCUUUGGAAAUUGUUUAUGAUGCUCUCUUCUUCUUCGGUAUGGCUCAAAUCAAGAUCAAGCGUUUUUGCCGUGGCCGGAUCUUGUGGAGGUAUGGGAGACUGACAAGGCUCCCUCUGGAGCUUCAGCUUAAGAUUAUUGAAAGUUUCCUUUCCAUCAAAGACAUCGACGAUUGUCUUCGAUUGGCGUUUCCUCACCUGGCUUCUCUGUAUGUUCGGACUAUGGCUAUUCGAUUCCAAAACUGGUUGCAUGACCUAUGUUCAAGAGACAAUAUGAGGUACCUCACAACGCAACGACUUCAUGACGACAGAAGUAGACCCGAACAGACUAGGUUAUUUAACGUCUACCAAGUACGGUCAUAUGAUCAAGAUCCAGAUCUGUGCUUUUUGCCCAGUGAUCACCCAUCAUCACUUGAGCCUCAUGUGCCAGGACUGCAGACAGCUGAAGCAAGAUUUCUUUCGUUUAUGAUAGGGGCAUAUUGGUGGCUGAAAAGAUGGACGCACGGGUCAAGUGAGGAUCCGGCAUCUUUUGCGGCGGCUAGAGAGAGGCUUGAUUACGAAGACGCCAGGCCCCUAUUUCACUUAGUAACUUUAGACUCACAGCUUCUACGAAGGGAGGAUCGGACACCCUUUGAAUCAACUGCUCCUCAGUUGGAAGGAGACAUGUGGGGCCAUGACGUUAUUGAACAACGAGAAGAAACUGUGUAUGAUGCAGUCCUUAUCGAGUUUGGAGAGCUUACCUCCAUCUGCGAUGACAUGGAAAUCUUUAUGAGACCUGAGCUAUUUCUCGAGCAGUAUUCUCUCAGCAGACACGGGGAGUUUCAAAGAAGGCAGCGAGAGUGCCUAAAGGACGAAGACAGAGUCGUAUAUUGCAACAGGGCAGAUGAAUUGAUUGACAUUGUAUGUGCUCAGGUAAGAGAAUACGAGUUUUGGGAAACAUGGGCGGAUGUCGUUUUGAUGUUUGAGGCUGCGGUCUCUGAGUGGGAGAAGGCAGAAUUCAUGCAUCAAAGACACAUUCGAAUGCUCGCGAGACAUCAUCGAGCGAAUGGCUAA